CGUUUCUUCUGCUACAGAUAUUUUUUGGGUGCAUAAUAGAUCUGGAGAGAGAGAGAAAGGGAAGGAUUGUAAUAUUUUUUUUAAUGGAUAAAAGCUGUCACUCUGCAGAUUCUUGCACCACCACCACCACCACCACCACUACUAGUGGCAGCAGUGGCGCAAAUACAAACCCCACUACCACUACCACUACCAGGGAUAACUACCUCAACCAUCUGAACAAGCUUUCCCAUAAGAUCUCCAAACCAACCGCCGUUCCCUCAGUCAAGAAACCCACAUUUGAUUCGACCCAUCUGGGUCAGACACUGGCCCAGAACCAGAAUCAGCAGGUCUCAGUUCAGCCUCAGCCGUCAGUUCAGAGUCAGAGUAAUUUGCCGGCACAGCAGCAUCAGCCGCCGGUUUAUAACAUCAACAAGAAUGAUUUUCGAGAUGUGGUGCAGAAGCUAACGGGUUCGCCGGCUCACGAGAGGGUAUCUGCACCGCCGCCUCCGACGAUUCAACCAACCAAACCCCAGAGCUCUCGGCUCCAGAGGUUCCGCCCUCCUCCUUUGGUGCACGUUAGCAAUCGUCCGCCUCAUCUGCUAAAUUGCGCUCCCCCAAUUGUAAACCCUAGCUCUCAGCCCAAUCUUCCGAUUCCUGCGCCGACUGCCCCCAUAGGGAAUUUCGUUCAACGGCCACCGGCGCCUCUAUCGCCUCUCCCCCCGUUUCCUGCCGUUCAUUUGGCGGCUGAAUCCCCUGUUUCGGCUUAUAUGCGGUUCCUUCACAAUUCAGUAUCUACCGUUGACUCCAAUCCGAACCAAUUCUCUGGAUUCAUGCCGCUAUCCCCGCUGGUCUCCCCACGUUGGAACAACUUGGCUGUUCCGCGACAGCCCCUUCAGCCCCCUCCGCCACAGCCACCGCAGCCACAGCAGAGUACAUCAUCAGGAACCAUACAGUCACAGCUGCCGUCAUCACCGCUGCCAUUGGGGUACUUCUCUCCUCGUUCACCAUACCCUUUGUUCUCCCCAAGCCUCCUGUUUUCUCCUAAUUCGGGUCAGUUGGGGCUCCCUCUUUCUCCCACUGUACCAGUGCUAAGUCCAACACGGAAAGGACUCUGAUUAAGUGUUUUUUAGGUAAGAUUUUUCUAGAAAAGAAAGGAUUAGUAGUCUUAGGUUUUCUGUACAUGGUUAGAGAUGGGGUUGUUAAUUUCUAUUCAAUUACCAGUGGUUGGAUGCUGAAAAUGUCUACCCUGGUCAAUUAGAGGUUCGUUUUGUUUCUUUGUUAUGUAAAAAUACAAACUUUACAUUUGUGUUCCUUUUGGUCUUGUUGGCUACUGGGUGGAGAAAAAGAGUUAAUCAGUUCUUGUUAUUAUAUUAAGACUAUGUAUGGUAUCAAAUUACUACUUUGUUUGAUUGCCUUUUCUGUGAUUUUGUCUGCUAACUUUGCUUUGGCAAUUCUACUAAGAAAUAACAUGACAAUGU